UUCACCAAAACUCGUGUUUUAAUGCAGCAAACACUGCCCCUUAGUGUUUGAGAACAAACGCCUUGUUCUACUGGGCUUGCGCAGCUGUCAGUCGGACAAGAUGGCGACGAGCAAUGGUAGUGGAAUGGAAGUGGAUGGGGCAGCCAGCCCCAGUGUUAUGGUGUCUGGGGUCACUGGCAGUGUCUCUGUUGCCCUGCAUCCUCUCGUCAUCCUAAACAUCUCAGACCACUGGAUUCGCAUCCGCUCCCAAGAGGGGCAGCCCAUGCAGGUGAUCGGCGCAUUAAUCGGGAAGCAGGAGGGUAGAAACAUUGAGGUGAUGAACUCCUUUGAGCUGCUUCAUCAAUUGGUAGAUGACCGAGCACACAUUGACAAGGAGUAUUACUACACGAAGGAGGAGCAGUUCAAACAGGUCUUCAAGGACAUGGAAUUCCUGGGCUGGUAUACCACAGGUGGUCCUUGUGACCAAUCAGACAUCCACAUUCACAAGCAGGUGUGUGAGAUCAUUGAGAGUCCUCUCUUCCUCAAGCUCAACCCGAUGACCAAACACACAGAUCUCCCUGUCAGUGUGUAUGAGUCUGUCAUCGACGUCAUCAGCGGAGAGGCCACCAUGUUGUUUGCUGAGCUGGGGUACACUCUGGCCACAGAAGAGGCGGAGCGAAUCGGAGUGGACCACGUGGCUCGCAUGACAGCCACAGGCACGGGGGAGAAUUCAACAGUGGCCGAACAUCUCAUAGCACAACACAGUGCAAUUAAAAUGCUCCACAGCAGGGUGAAAGUCAUCCUGGAAUAUGUCAAAGCAGUGGAAGCAGGAGAGGUGCCAUUUAACCACGAGAUCCUCAGAGAAGCCAACGCCCUGUGCCAUAGACUACCCGUUCUCAGCACCAUCAAAUUCAAGACGGACUUCUAUGAUCAAUGCAAUGAUGUGGGCCUCAUGGCUUACCUAGGUACCAUCACUAAGACCUGUAAUAGCAUGAACCAGUUCAUCAACAAGUUCAACGUCUUGUACGAUAGACAGGGCAUCGGCCGGAGGAUGAGAGGACUGUUCUUUUGAGCGACACCGAGAGAAAGCGAGUGAUUGGAGGAAGAGAUGAAGAGGUCACAAGCACUGCUUUUCCAUUUGCUUGUCUGUAUUUUAUGUUAAGUAACACUCUUGACACACACACUCAGAUACCAGUGAGCAUUCAGUUUGUUUUCAAAGGUAGCAAAUGCUAGAAGUGUCUCAAAGGCCUCUUGUCUAUACCAUAAAAUCACACACAAACAGGAAGAAGGAAACCGUGUACAUAAUCACUCACAUUCUCACUCGCAGUUUGACAUUUGUGAAUCCAUGUACGUGAACAGAAAUGACAAUUUCCCCUUUUUCUUUGUUUUGUUGUAAUAAAUAAUCUGCUGAUUUUU